ACUGACAGGGCCACCCACCAAUGGCAAGAGCCAGUUCAUAUGAGGGGUAGGUCCUAUGCAAAUCAGCUGUGACAGAGACACAUCGUGAUCCAGGUUCUGCUUGUUGCCCCCCAAAAUCUUCUCAUUGUGAUCAGAGAGAAAAAGACGCAAGAGAGAAAAUUUGAUACAUAUACAGAAGGCUAUCUGUUAUUCACACGUUCCUAGAUUGUGGUGCCUUUCUUGGUAGCAAUGGGAAAACCAAACAGUAAGUUGGCACCUGAGAUGUUGCAAGACCUUGUCCAAAGCACGGAAUUCACAGAGCAAGAGCUCAAACAUUGGUACAAAGGCUUCCUGAAGGAUUGCCCAUCAGGGAUUCUCAACCUGCAAGAGUUCCAGCAGCUCUACAUUAAGUUCUUCCCAUAUGGGGAUGCUUCUAAGUUUGCUCAGCAUGCCUUCCGCACAUUUGACAAAAAUGGAGAUGGGACCAUUGAUUUCCGGGAAUUCAUUUGUGCUCUGAGUGUUACCUCACGUGGGAGCUUUGAGCAGAAAUUGAACUGGGCCUUUGAGAUGUACGACCUGGAUGGAGAUGGCAAAAUCACACGCCUGGAGAUGCUGGAGAUUAUCGAGGCAAUCUAUAAGAUGGUGGGCACUGUCAUUAUGAUGCGAAUGAAUCAGGACGGCCUCACUCCACAGCAGAGAGUUGAUAAAAUCUUCACAAAAAUGGACAAGGACAGAGAUGACCAGAUCACCCUAGAAGAGUUUAAAGAGGCAGCUAAAAGUGACCCCUCUAUAGUGCUGCUUCUGCAGUGUGACAUGCAGAAAUAGCACCUACCCUCCAACACCCCAACCACGCCAGCUAAGCUGAACUUCCUGCAUGCACCUGACUACCUUCCCCAACCAACAGCAACCUGGGACCUUCCUCCUGUGUGAUAAGACUUUCACACCAUACUGGUCUUAUCAUUAUAAGAGGGAGGUGACAAUGUGACUGCUUCUUAUUCAGGGUCCAGACUGAGAAACACUGACCCGUGGAACAGGAAGGCAUAUGAGGUUUUACAUGUUGACAAAAUAAACAGUGGUUUGGUUCAGUCCUCAUUUAUGUGGUCUUACCACUGAUGCGUUUGCUUCUUCUCUGUUGCUUACAUGUGGAAGGUUUGAGCUUCUGUCUAUGUGUAAUUCACAGUGCUGUCCCGAUAAAGAGAGCAUGUAUUCUGUGAGGCUAGGGAAUGUUCUGCCUUGUAUUGUACUUAUAAAAAGCACUGCACGGGUAUACAGUGUUUGACAUGUAACAUAGAUGUUACUUUAAAUGUAAUAUAUACAGGGCUUGUCCCGUUAUUAUUUUUUAUGACACUGCUUGAAGUGUUACAAGAGCAUGACAUGUAUGCAAUACCUUGCUUUUGUUUUAUGGCUUAAUGUGGUAUUGUGACUUCUAUAUUACAACUGGUUUUGUGAUUUUAUAUAAAUGUGUGUGUGUACAUGUAUGUAUAUAUAUGUGUAUAUGUAUGUAUAUAUGUGUGUAUGUAUAUACAUAAAAGUUAUAGGCAUGUGGAAAUCAGGCAAUAGAUUUUAAGUACAUUUUCAACUGAGCAUUUUUCAUGAAUAUUAGUAUAAAUGCCAAAACAGCUUAGCAAAAAAAAGAGAA